UGGGCGCGUUCCCUGCAGAGGGCGGAGACGCGGGAGCGAGGCCGCCUGCGCGUUCUGGACGCUGGUGGGGCAGCAUGGCGGACGGCCGGGAUCCCGCCAGCGACCAGAUGAAGCGCUGGAAGGAGCAGCGGGCCGCGCAGAAGCCUGAUGUUCUGACCACUGGGGCCGGGAAUCCAAUAGGAGACAAACUCAAUAUUAUGACAGCAGGGCCCCGGGGGCCCCUUCUGGUUCAGGAUGUGGUUUUCACUGAUGAAAUGGCUCACUUUGACCGGGAGAGAAUUCCUGAGAGAGUCGUGCAUGCUAAAGGAGCAGGGGCUUUUGGCUACUUUGAGGUCACGCAUGACAUUACCAGAUACUCCAAGGCAAAGGUAUUUGACCAAAUUGGAAAGAGGACUCCCAUUGCAGUUCGGUUCUCCACUGUGGCUGGAGAAUCGGGCUCAGCUGACACAGUUCGUGACCCUCGUGGGUUUGCGGUGAAAUUUUACACCGAAGAUGGUAAUUGGGAUCUUGUUGGAAAUAACACCCCCAUUUUCUUCAUCAGGGAUGCCAUAUUGUUUCCAUCCUUUAUCCACAGCCAAAAGAGAAACCCUCAAACGCACCUGAAAGAUCCGGACAUGGUCUGGGACUUCUGGAGCCUGCGUCCUGAGUCUCUGCAUCAGGUUUCUUUCUUGUUCAGUGAUCGAGGGAUUCCAGAUGGACAUAGGCACAUGAAUGGGUAUGGAUCACAUACUUUCAAGCUGGUUAAUGUGAAGGGAGAGGCAGUUUAUUGCAAAUUCCAUUAUAAGACUGACCAGGGCAUCAAAAACCUUUCCGUUGAAGACGCAGCAAGACUCUCCCAGGAGGACCCUGACUAUGGCCUCCGGGAUCUCUUCAAUGCCAUUGCCACAGGCAACUACCCCUCCUGGACCUUCUAUAUCCAGGUCAUGACCUUCGCUGAGGCGGAGACUUUUCCAUUUAACCCGUUUGAUCUUACCAAGGUUUGGCCUCACAGCAGCUACCCUCUUAUCCCAGUUGGUAAGCUGGUCUUAAACCGGAAUCCAGUUAAUUACUUUGCUGAGGUUGAACAGAUAGCCUUUGACCCAAGCAACAUGCCACCCGGCAUUGAGCCCAGCCCGGACAAAAUGCUUCAGGGCCGCCUUUUUGCUUAUCCUGACACGCACCGCCACCGCCUGGGACCCAACUAUCUUCAGAUUCCUGUGAACUGUCCCUACCGUGCUCGAGUGGCCAACUACCAGCGUGACGGCCCCAUGUGCAUGUUCGACAAUCAGGGUGGUGCUCCAAAUUACUACCCCAACAGCUUUAGUGCUCCGGAACAACUGCCCUCUGCCCUGGAGCAUAAGUUCCGAUGUUCCCCGGAUGUGCAGCGCUUCAACAGUGCCACUGAGGACAACGUCACUCAGGUGCGGGCCUUCUACCUGAAGGUGCUGAACGAAGAGCAGAGGAAACGCCUGUGUGAGAAUAUCGCUGGCCAUUUGAAGGACGCACAGCUUUUCAUCCAGAAGAAAGCGGUCAAGAACUUCAGUGAUGUUGAUCCUGACUACGGGGCCCGCAUCCAGGCUCUUUUGGACAAAUACAAUGCUGAGAAACCUAAGAACUCGAUUCACACCUUCGUGCAGCCUGGGGCUCACUUGUCUGCGAAGGAGAAAGCUAAUCUGUGAGGGUCCGGGGCUAUGGUCCUGUGCCAAGUCACUCUCCGCCUUUGAAGCAGCGCAUGGAAAUCACACACGCAACCCGCUCGUCGCUGGAUGGAAGAUUCUCCUGUGCCAGAUGCCAAAUGCAAGCUUCUGUCUUUAAAUGAUAAUCCAGGUUUCUACAGCAAAUAAUGUAAUAAUGGCCUUUAAUGCUAUUUCCCUAGGGGAAAAUGAGGGUUAGGGCUUAACAAUCAUUUAAAAGAAACAUGUAUUUGCUUUUGACAGUUGAUUGAAUUAUUCACUUAAAAUGACUGGAAUGAAAGUUUCCAGCA